ACGAUCGGUCAAGGUCGAAGCGAUUGCUGGUGAUUCAAUGAGGAACGAAAUGGUGUAAUCACAUGAUAAAUAGUUCCGUUCAAUGAGAAGUACUGAAAUCCACAGUCCUUUGACAGAUUCUAACUUCUCUUUUAAUCAGAUACGGAACGAUGGAAAACUACUGCACUGCAGCUUGUGAUGGAUUUUUGGCAUAUGAUACUCCCAGGAUCGUACUCAUCCAGAACAGAAUAGUUGGAGUCGUGAACAGGCUGGUUCAAUUAAUAAUCCUUGCAUACGUUGUUGGAUGGGUGUUUAUGUGGGAGAGAGGCUACCAGGAAUUUGACUCCCCCAUUGCCUCAGUCACCACCAAAAUGAAAGGUAUUGCCUUUACAAAUUCAACUGGGUUUGGAGAACACCUAUGGGAUGCAGCUGAUUAUGUUAUUCCUCCACAGCAAGAAUCAGCAUUUUUUGUUAUGACCAAUCUUAUUCUUACCGAGAAUCAGGUGCAAGGCCGGUGUCCCGAGUUGCCAAGUAAAACAUCUAGAUGUAAAUCAGACAGUGAUUGUGCAACCGGAUAUCAUGAUCCUCACAGCAAUGGCAUUUUAACUGGAAUAUGCAAUAAACACGUAAACACAUGUGAAAUAUAUGGUUGGUGCCCUGUGGAGAAUGAUACAGUUAUUCCCAAGCCUGCAAUUCUUGGAGAAGCUGAAAAGUUCACAGUGUUAAUAAAGAACAGCAUUACCUUCCCUAAGUUUCAAUUUUCAAAAAGAAAUAUAUUGGAAACUACAAAUGCCAGCUACUUAAAAGUUUGUAGGUUCCACCCGAAAUUUCAUCCAUUCUGUCCAAUUUUCUGCCUGGGAGAUAUGGUUCGAGAAGCAGGAGAAGAUUUUCAGAAGUUAUCUAUUCAGGGUGGAGUGAUGGGUAUUUUAAUAGAGUGGAACUGUGAUCUGGAUCAAUCGGCAACUAAGUGCAUUCCAAAGUACACCUUUCAACGGCUUGACAAAAACUUUGGAACGCUUUCGCCCGGUUAUAAUUUUAGAUUUGCUAAAUACUACAUAACUGUGAAUGGAACAAAAACAAGAACAUUAUACAAAGCAUAUGGUAUACGAUUCAUCAUUAAGGUUUUUGGUCAGGCUGGAAAAUUUAACAUUAUCCCGACAAUGCUAAAUAUAGGAUCUGGCUUAGCAUUAUUGGGAACGGCAACAAUCGUGUGUGAUAUAAUUGUACUGUAUUUCUUAAAGAAAAAGUCUUACUACAAGGAAAAGAAAUACAAGUACGUUAAAGACAAUGAAUUGGGUAUUGAAUCAGAAGACAAUUAUGGAACAAAUCAGAAUUUCAACAGCUCAGAUUGACUUCAACAUAUGAAGCUGCAGUUCUGCAAAUGAAAUUUUCUUCUUGGUUUAUGACUAACGUGUCCACUUAAAAACUGGAAAUAUUUUUAUAAAUAUGCUUGACCUGAAGAACUUAAUGUAUAACCUUAAAAAGGGAAAAAGUGUUCUGUACUGCAAAUGUUAACAAAUGAAUUUUGAUGAAAUAAAAAUUACAAUAACAUG